UCGCCACCUUCUUUGUCUCCGGUACAACGUUUCGGUUUCAGGGCUCUGUCCGUUUUUUCCAAGUCAGUUUUUGAGGAUAUAUUUACAUAUAUAUCCAAUUUUUUUAUAUUGAAUGACAGUCGACUCUGAAAUAUUUAUGCCUAAAAGUAAAGCGCCAAAAAUGGAUGACCUGGACUACAUCCCAGUAGACCUGAGCCCAGAGGAGCGCUCUGAGCUGGAGGACAUCCGCAGAAGAAAGGGCGUCCUGCUCCAAGAGAUCCAGAGGCUCAGAGAAGAGUUAAGGGAAGCCAUUUUGGAGGUGGAGGGACUGGAGACCAGCACAGAGGGCAGUAAAACUUUACAGAAAAGUAGGCAUGUGGCUAUGGGAAGGAAGAAAUUCAACAUGGAUCCAAAAAAGGGCAUUGUGUUUCUGGUGGAGAACGAUCUGCUCAGACACACUUCAGAGGACGUUGCUCAGUUUUUGUACAAAGGAGAGGGACUCAACAAGACUGCUAUAGGAGAUUACCUGGGAGAAAGGGAUGACUUCAACCUCAAAGUUCUUCAGGCUUUUGUCGACCUCCAUGAGUUCACUGAUCUCAACCUCGUCCAGGCCCUUAGGCAGUUCCUGUGGAGUUUCCGUUUGCCCGGUGAAGCCCAAAAGAUUGACAGAAUGAUGGAAGCCUUUGCUCAGAGAUACUGUCACUGCAACCCGGGUGUCUUCCAGAGCACUGACACGUGUUAUGUGCUGUCAUUUGCCAUCAUAAUGCUCAACACAAGCCUGCAUAAUCCCAAUGUGAGGGACAAACCUGGACUGGACCGCUUCAUCUCAAUGAACCGAGGUAUCAACGAGGGAGGAGACCUUCCAGAGGACCUGCUCAGAAAUCUCUAUGAAAGCAUUAAAAACGAGCCUUUCAAGAUCCCUGAGGAUGACGGCAAUGACCUGACACACACCUUCUUCAACCCUGACAGAGAGGGCUGGCUUCUAAAACUUGGGGGACGAGUGAAAACCUGGAAACGGCGAUGGUUCAUUCUCACAGACAAUUGUCUUUAUUACUUUGAAUACACCACAGAUAAGGAGCCGAGAGGUAUAAUUCCCUUGGAAAACUUGAGCAUACGCGAGGUUGAGGAUCCGAGAAAACCGAACUGCUUUGAGCUUUACAUCCCCAACAACCGUGGUCAGCUGAUUAAGGCGUGUAAGACGGAGGCUGAUGGGAGAGUAGUUGAGGGGAACCACAUGGUGUAUCGCAUCUCCGCUCCUACACCUGAGGAAAAGGAUGAAUGGAUCCAUAGCAUCAAAUCUGCAGUCAGUGUGGAUCCCUUCUACGAAAUGCUUGCAGCCAGAAAGAAACGUAUAUCACUGAAGAAGAAGGAGGAACAACCGUAAAUGAUUCCCUUCACUCUCCCUGUCUUCCUCUGUUUUUCCAACUGCGGGACACACCUCUUUGUCCCUGCUCUUUUCCUGUCCUCAAACACAUCUAGACUGAAGAGCUCACCCACUGUGGCUGCCAACACAUCUGUCCUGUCCUCUCACUACAUGUCUUAUUCAGCAUUUAAGUGAACUGUGAAACAUGUUAAAGACCAUGUUCACACUAAUCUGGAUGAAUUGAAAACAUUACUCCCUGUUUUCCUUCAUAUUUACACUUGGCCACCUUUUCUAAACCAAACAUUGGGGACAAGAAGGAUUUUCAAAAGACCUAUGAUUUUCAUGACUUUUGAUUUAAUUUUGAUGAAGAAUCUUGUGGUGGUGUGUUUUCUUUUCACAGCUACUUUAAACGCUUGUUUAACAGAAGACAUUUGUCUAAUUUGUUGGCCAGUCUCAGAAAACAGUCUAAAAAAAAUCAAUUCAUCUGCAUCAGUGUGAAUAUGGUUUUAAUUCAGGAUAAUAAGGUCUUGUGAAUUCUUCUUUUGGACUCAUGAAUGCUGCGUAUAUGCGACACUGUCUUUCUUGAUUGUGAUUUACCCUAGACUAAAUGUGAACUCAUCAUUCAAACACACAAUAUUCACUAAAGUUUGGUCAGAGAAGCAGGGCAGAUGAUUUGACAUGAUAUGAGAUGUGUCCAUUAUUGAAAGGCUUUAAAUACUAACUACUACUAAUGUCCACCCUUAGGUACUGUAACAGUUGUGUGAGGCAAACAUCACUACUUAACUACUUGAUUUAUAACUUAUUUAAUGAUUGAUAAUGAUUUAAUGAUUUCUAUCUCCAAACUGCUGAUUGUUCUUCACAUGUGGUCAGAUCUCAAAACAAAAAUCCCUUUCGUGUUAAAGGACCAGAGUGUAUGAUUCACUGUUUAUAAUUAUGUUUUAAUUUGUGCAUAAUCAGCUGAGACAGAUGAAUGAGUCACAGAAUCACUAAUAGAUGCCUGUAAAUCCUUCACACUGGUCCUUUUUAAUGGAGGCAAACACCAAAAGUUUCUCUCCCCGCAGAGAGCUGCUUGUUUUUCAGCUUAUAGAGACGACACAUAUUUGUUCUCUGUGUUUCUUAACAUGUUUGAGCAAAAGUGAAGUAGCAAACCAGUCUGGAGGCGUCAAUGCCAAUUCCUUUAUAACACUAAACAGAUCAACAAUCAUCACGGCCUCUAACAUGUAACGUAACAACAUGUCGUUCAUCUUUCCCUGCUCUCUCAACAUCCCUCACUAACAAUAACUGUCUAAUAUCUAACCGUUAGAGCCGCGUCUGUCCGCUAUAGCAAGUUUCAUGAAAUCAAAAAAGGCAGCUCAUUACAAUGUAUACUUUUUGUACAUAGAUGUUAGCAUAUUUGUUUACGAUACACAUAGAAAUGAUUUAAUUUAUUCUUUAUCUUUUGUUAAGAUCAGAUUUUUUUUGUACGAGCUACUGUAGACCUGCAUGUUGAUAAACUGAGGCUGAUCGUGCUAGUGCACUGAUUUGAAGGUAGUGUUAGUGUUCCCUGUUGACUUGGAGGAACUGCAUUUAAUGUGUAAGCUGAACUAAGCAUAACGUUAAUUAUAUAGUGCUGCAGUUACUUUGGAAAAGAUGAAGCUAUUUAGGAAAUGUUUAGUGGUCUGAUUUAAACUCCAGACCAUGCUGUUGACCUGGUAAAGCACAAGAGUUUAUCAGUCGAAUGUCUGAAUUUCAUUGGCUGCCUGGUGUCCUGCAUUUUUCCAUGAUAAAGCAGUGAUACAAAUCAAAUCAAAACAAGGAACACUAAUACAUCUUUAAUUCAUUACAUACCAGUAUCAUUAUUCAGAUGUAAUGAAUGAGUAACAAGUUUAGAUUUGUGUCCAGUGAUAGAUUUGCUCGACAUCCAGUUCAUAAACUUUUGUUUCUAGAAGUUACUUGAAGUUGGCAUUUUUAGAUGGUAGGAAAAAUAAUUGUCUUCUGCACUUUAUCAAUUUUAGCAUUUUGCAGAAAAUGCUGUUACUUCAACUGACGAUACAUUAUUACUCUGUAGCGCCCUCCACUGGUGGCCACACAGACUGACUUACACACUGUAUUAUGCUGAUGGAUGAAGCAUGAGUUGCAAAUAUACAACGCCAUCUGCUGGUCAGUUCUUGCUACAGCAGCAACAGUCCUGGACCAUAUACAGUAUUUGCUCAUCUGAUAAAAGAGAGAAAGUGAUGCGUGAUGAUGAAUGGGGUCUUUUCCUCUGUGUUACAAAUAUUUAGAACUUGUUUUAAAGACACAGCUGGUGAUUGAUCAUCCAAGCACAGAUCUAUGAUUGCCUUUUUACUCCCAAAUUUCAUCUAACUGACAGAGGCCUAAUUUUAAACCGUUGUGUUUGUGCGUCACAUGGACUGACUGUAGGUCUCCACCUUCUGGGUGUUCUUGAAGUGCAAAGUUGCCAAAAAUAAAAGUCCAGCACAGGUGUUUCCAUAAAAACAAAACAUGAACACUGACAUUAUUCCAACCAAAACCGGUCCUCUGUUUUUGAUUUAUUUGACCCCAGAGUCACCUUUUUUCUUUUUUUUAAAGAAAACAACCUUUAUUUUGUAUUUAUUUAUUUUUGUUAACUGUGAGGUGAAGAUGACUAAAUCAUCUGUAAAUGUAGCAAAAGGAAAACCGUGACACAUUGCUGCCAGUAACUACUGUGGAACAAUAAAACAGUGAACAGAAAUGA